AUGGCCUCUUUCGUUUCGCGCUCGCUGCGCCCAGCCGCCGCUCGCCGCAUUGUCUCAAUGUCCGUUCGACCCCUCUCCACAACAGUCUCGCUACGAUCCGAUAACGUCUCUUCGCAAGAGUUCGAGGUUGGCGAACUUCAGGGUGCCAAGUUCAGAGUCGAGCCUCUGCGUCGAGUCGGCGAGGACGACGCUACCAAGCGAGCACGUCUCGUCUACCAGUCCCGAAAGCGUGGAACUCUUGAGUCCGAUCUUCUCCUCUCUACCUUCGCGGCCGCUCACCUGCCCACACUGUCCCCCGAGCUGCUCGAUCAGUACGACCGCAUCCUUGACGAGAACGACUGGGACAUUUACUACUGGGCCACGCAGAAGGAGGAGCUUUCUUCCACAAACCCUUCGUCCUCCGACUCGCCAUCCACCAACAACAUCGACGCCAAGCCACAGUCCGACCAGGUCACUCGCCAGCCUCCUUCGGGAGAGUGGGCGCAGACCGUAGGUAACUUCAAGCCAGCUUACAGGCCUGUGCCCGCGCGUUGGAGGGACAGCGAGAUCCUCGAGAAGUUGAGGGCUCACGUGCGAAGUCGCAGCGUCGACGGUGGUGAGGGCGGUGGUAUGGGCUUCAUGCCCCCUCUUGAGCCUCCCGAGGUUAAGAACUAG